UGCUACCAUAAAGUUGCAGUAUCCACAAACCCCAUAAACAUCCAAUCACAUCCCACCACCUUCAACCCCUCUCUCUCUCUCUAUCUCUCUCUCAGUAGAUCGCUCUAUCUCCUCUCCUUCAGUGGAGAGUGUUUCUCUCUCUUCUUUCUCAAAGAUUUUUUAGAUUCUUCCUUCAAGCUCGCUAAUUUCCUUUUCCCAUUCCCAUCAUCUUCUUUAAGCUUUCUGGCCUUUUCUUCUGUUCCCAAGCUUAGCUCAGGGAAAAAGCAAGAAAAAUCACACGAUUUUCGUGUCUUUUUCCACAAUUCCCCUGCAUUCAGGAUCCACCCCUUUCACAGUUGUUGGUUUUCACUUCCAGCUUUUUGGGUUUCCCUUGGAUUUGCUUCUGAGGUUUUCCUUCAUUUUCUUUCCCUAGAAACUGUCCUGGGUUCAGAUCUUUUAAGGGGUUUUCUUGGGUGUUUACAGUUUUAGGUACUUAUUUCUUCAAUUGUUAAAAAUUUCCAGGACAUUUUCUGCAAUUUUGGAAAAGUGGGUCUUUUUUAGAUUCCUCAAAUAAGGUUGGCUAUUGAGAUAAAGAUAUUCUGAUUCCUCCCAAAUUGCCUCUUGAUUUAACACUGCUAUCCCCAUUGUGAAAACUCACACCCCUUUCCAUUUCCUAUCUAGCUCCUCUGCCUCUCUUGCUCUGUUCUUUCCCCUGUUUCAUUAUAUAUUCAUAUAAAAAAAAAAUCCAAAAUCGCCAAUAUGAUUCAAUUAUGAGCCCAGAAAUUUCACCAUCAUGAGGUGGGGAAUGGAGAUUCUCUCGCCGGCAUCGUACCAUUCGGGCUCGAAUUGGUUGCUGGAGGAGAGCAGGAGCACAAAAUGGACCCCAGCAGAGAACAAGAUGUUUGAGAAUGCUCUAGCCAUCUACGACAAGGACACGCCGGAUCGGUGGCAGAGAGUCGCCGCCAUGAUACCGGGGAAGACGGUUAGGGAUGUGAUGAAGCAGUACAAGAAAUUGGAAGACGACGUUAGUAGAAUUGAAGCAGGGUUGAUUCCAAUUCCAGGGUAUAAUAGCACUUCUUCCCCUUUCACACUGGAGUGGGGAAAUGGCCAUGGGUUUGAUGGGUUCAAGCAGGGGUAUGGCCCCGGUGGAAAGCGGUCGUCGUCGGGUCGGGGUUCGGAUCAGGAGAGGAAGAAAGGGGUUCCAUGGACUGAAGAAGAGCACAAGUUGUUUCUCUUGGGCCUGAAAAAAUACGGCAAAGGGGAUUGGAGAAACAUUUCGCGUAAUUUUGUGGGAACUCGAACGCCGACUCAAGUGGCUAGCCAUGCCCAGAAAUACUUCAUUAGGCAGCUUUCUGGUGGGAAAGACAAGAGAAGAGCUAGCAUUCAUGAUAUAACCACCGUCAAUUUGAACGAUAACCAAACUCCGUCGCCAGAUGAUAAAAUGCCGCAUUCGCCAGACCAUUCAAUUGCGAUUCCCCAGCAUCCGAAUCCUGUUUCUGUGCCCAGAACACAAUUCCAAUGGAAUCAGCCAAACGGCGGAUUGGAUUUCAGCCGAGCAUAUGGAAACAUGUUCAUUUCCUCUCAUGGGAUGGACUCAUAUGGGAUUCAUAUGCAUGAAUCUCAUGUUGGAUCCCCAAACAUCGGUUUUCGGAUGCAAUCCACUCACCAUCACUACCCUCAUGGAUGAGAUUGUUGUGCUUUCUUUAGUUUUUUUUUGUGUUUUUUUUUUUCCUGAUCUUUUGUGAAUAUGUUAUUUGGCACUUGGGUUAGUUAGUCCUUAGUAUUUUGAGCAUGAUAUUGGAGACAGGACUUGUCUUGAUUUUGCUUGCAGAACUUCAAAUUCAGGAAUGUGGUAACAAGACAAUCUCAAAACUUGGGCCUUUCUGUUAUACAUGUUUUUCGGUGCAACCCUGGAACUUGCUCGGAUAGAACUUCGGUGAGAGAUAGGCAUUGGCAAAUGAGGAAGCAAAAAAAAUCUAAGAAACUACGGUUGAUCUCAGUGACGACUUUAACCAUUGAGUGACAGGCUGACAAGGACUCGGUAUAGAGUUUGGCCUCGAGGCAAGAGAGUGAACCAAAAGCUGUUGAUCUCACUAUGAGAGCUGAAGAAGGAUUCUGCUCCAUUGCAAAGAUCAAGAUCGAGAAAUGAAGUCUUUGAGUACUUGUUUGGAUAGAGAAGAAAUUCUAAAGAUAUCAGCAAGAGAAUAAAGCACCUUCAAUCACUAGUUGAAAGCUUUUCGCAUCUCAAGCAAAGACAUGUAUAAAUAGAAGAUGUUCUUUCUUGUAAGUGAUAUCCAUUAUAUAUGAAAGAUUCACCAGUUGUCUUUGUUUGAGCCAAGAAAA